AUGGAUAAUCACUGGGAAGACGAGCUCUUGGAUUCAAGACACACCCACAACCGGCGUUCAAGAAAGUCCACGGCGAAAACUGGCAACAUCUCCCAUGCCUUCGGCCUCUAUCGUAUUCAAUGCGCAAAGGUGGAUGCAAUAGCCCGGCAGCAGGGCCUUGACGGUAAUUCACCAGAUCAAUCUACAGCAAAGAAGGGCAGAAAGAAAAAGCAACACAGCUACAGCGCCAACCUCAACAUACGGAAUUUCACCACAGACGAAGAUGGGCUGUAUGGUAGUCUCCAUCUACCGGGCGUCUUGAAUGCUGUCGUGCACAUGGCGGGGAGCCGGAAGGGACUCGAGGACAUCAUCGCCACUGAAUAUGCCUCAGAUGAAGAAGAAUCCAACUCUGAGGACGACUCUCACGUUACGAGUCCAAUCUCCAGCGGCGACUCUGAGAGUAUGAGGACUGAUAAGGAUAUGGGAGUUUCGCAAGCCUCUGACACUCCUGGGGCAUCGGAUAUCGCCGCCUACGAAGAAAAGGAACAAGCAAGAUUCAACAAAUUUGAGAAAAACACUUUCCGGCAACCUAAGUUUUGGCUUUUCUGGAAAGGAAGAGUCCUCGCAGCCCCUCAGCACAGCGUCCACGCUGAAACGGAGUCCGCGACAGAUGAGAUACAAUCAGGAAUGGGGUAUCUGGUCUUUUCUGGCAGCAGGUACGAGAAGUUCAAUGGGACCAUCAGCUGUGAAUCUCUGGGCUGGAAAGAUAUUGCUAUCUCCGGUAGGAAGCAAUGA